GUGGGGGCACUGGGUUUAUUGGACGUGCUCUGGCCAAAGAGCUCCAGAAGCAGUCCAUUCAAACAUGCACCGUAUCACGAAUGCCCGCUCCAAACUCCAUCACUUGGACUGAACUUCUGGAAAAAGGACUCCCUGGUGAGGUGGACGCAGUCGUCAACCUGUCUGGCCAGAAUGUGCUCGACCCACUGCGCCGAUGGACUGAUGGCUUUCGGCAGAAUGUGGUCUCCUCACGCGUGGAGACAAAUCGAAUGCUCUCUGCCUCCAUUCGCCAGUGCCGCCACAGUGCUCCACCGAAAGUCUUCAUUACCAUCUCCGGCGUUGGCUACUAUCCCCCUCACCCCAGUGAGGAGUACACUGAGGACAGCCCUGGCGGCGACUAUGACUUCCUCUCCAGACUGUGCCGACAGUGGGAGGACGCCUGUCAGGUUGGCCCGGAGACGCGAACCAUAGCCGUGAGGAGUGGCAUUGUGCUGGGCAAGGGCGGAGGCAUGAUUCAGUCCAUGUACCCGCUCUUUUACCUUGGACUGGGGGCAAAAAUCGGCUCCGGCACGCAGUACAUGCCCUGGAUACACCUGCACGACCUGGUGGCCAUUCUGAUUGAGGCAAUGCGAAAUGAGAAGCUCUCAUCGGGGGUCAUCAAUGGCACUGCGCCUCAGCUCAUCACCAAUGCGCAGUUCACGAAGGCAUUUGGUCGUGCCAUGUGGCGUCCGGCGGUGUUCACCGUCUCAGAGAGGGUCGUCGAGAUGGUUUUUGGCGAGGAGAGAGCCGUCAUGAUGACCCAGGGACAGAAGGUGCACAGCAAGCGCUUGGAAGAGUUGGGCUUCAAGUUUCAGUACCCGGACAUUGACAGUGCUUUGAAGCAAGUCGUUUCCGGAUAG